AUGAGCCAGAAACAAAGGCCAGCGCGCGCUCUUCAGGGAGGAAAUGAGGGGGAAAGCACCUGUCCUACAUGCGAGAGGAGAAAGCAAGAAAAGCGUGGGCCGGAACUGUGUGCCGCGCCGAGGAUGGCACCAGGCUGUGAACGCGUCACUCCGCUGACUUGGCACUUGCGGCUCCAGUCUCUCAUUCAUGUGCCAGCCAAGGGGCACGUGGUGAGGGAGAAGCCUGAGAAGGCUGGACGGGGGUCUUCAGCUUCUGGUCACGGGACUGGCAGCAACAUCUGCUGCUCGGCUCUGAAGGCGGCCCUCUGCCCUCUGUCCAUGGCCAAGAGACGGAUACGAAAAGCCCCAGCAGCUCAGAGACCCGAGCUGUGCUGGGGAGAAGCAUCCAGAGACCGCAGCCCGCCAGCCAGACAGGCAGCCUGCGCCGAAAGCAACCACCAAGCGAGGCUGCAAGCGCCAGCCAAAGGGGCGCAGCUUUCAGUUUGGAGGCGAAAGCGCAACGACCGCGCCCCCCGAAAAAAAGUGGCGGCGGGGGUGGGGGUAGGAUUGGAGGAGGGGGGUCGAGAGCGCCGGCCUCUGCACUUCGGCUCUGGGGUGGGGGGGCCUGGCUCUUUGGGACCCGGGAGGGAGCCGCCCUUCCAGGGCCAGGGGCGGGGGCCCGUCUCCCCCCAUCCCGACAGCUGUCCAGCCCGCGGAAUUCAUUGGCUUCCCCCAGCCCGCCUCCCGAGCACCGCCCUGGUCUCUUUAGCCCCCCGCCCCACCCUCGCUGACCUAAUAAGGCCAUGCAAGAAUGAGGGGGCCCGGCAUAAAAGGGGCGCCGGCGGGCCGCGCACGGCGGGAGCGGAGGCAGCGCCGCGCACCGCCAUGGCCAAGGAGUGGGGCUACGCCGACCACAACGGUCCUGACCAUUGGCACGAACUUUACCCGAUUGCCAAGGGAGAGAACCAGUCGCCCAUUGAGCUGAACACUAAAGAGAUUAACCACGACCCUUCCCUGAAGCCAUGGACAGCAUCCUAUGACCCAGGUUCUGCCAAGACCAUCCUGAAUAAUGGGAAGACCUGCAGGGUUGUGUUUGAUGAUACUUACGACAGGUCAAUGCUGAGAGGUGGUCCUCUCACUGCGCCCUACCGGCUCCGCCAGUUCCACCUCCACUGGGGCUCCUCGGACGAUCACGGCUCGGAGCACAGCGUGGAUGGAGUCAAGUACGCAGCAGAGCUUCAUUUGGUUCACUGGAAUUCAAAGUAUAACAGUUUUGCAAGUGCUCUGAAGCAUCCCGAUGGAGUAGCUGUGGUUGGUGUUUUUCUGAAGAUAGGACGUGAGAAAGGCGAGUUCCAGCUGCUUCUUGAUGCUCUGGACAAGAUUAAGACGAAGGGCAAGGAGGCGCCCUUCAACAACUUCGACCCGUCGUGCCUGUUCCCCGCCUGCCGGGACUACUGGACCUACCACGGCUCCUUCACCACGCCGCCCUGCGAGGAGUGCAUCGUGUGGCUGCUGCUCAAGGAGCCCAUCACGGUCAGCUCCGACCAGAUUGCCAAGCUGCGCACCCUCUGCUCCAGCGCGGAGAACGAGCCCCCCGUGCCCCUGGUGAGGAACUGGCGCCCCCCGCAGCCCAUCAAGGGCAGGAUCGUGAAGGCCUCCUUCAAGUGA